ACAUUGUUUUGUGUUUGGCUUGAAACAAUGACGACAUUCUUUUGUGUUUGGCUUGAAACAAUGACGACAUUUUGAACGUAGAAUUUGAUAACACAAGAACCCCAAAACACCGUGAAUCUCUCGUUGUCCAUUUGAGCUCUCUCCCAAAAAAUCACACAACAGUUUGGAAAUGGUGGCAUUAAAUAUACCAGUAGCAACAACCAAGCCCGUUUCGCUACCCUGCGCGUUUGUUCCAUCAACGGGACUUCAUGGGAAUCUGGGCUUACCUCGUACCUUGAAAUGGCCAAAGAAAAUGAGACAAUGCACUAGAAAGGAUGGUCCCACUAAAGUGAGUGCCAAGUUUGAGCUAAAGCCUCCUCCAUAUCCACUGAAUGCUUUGGAGCCGCAUAUGAGCAAGGAAACUUUCGAGUACCACUGGGGGAAGCACCACAGAACCUACGUGGAAAACUUAAAUAAGCAAAUUGCUGGAACAGAACUGGACGGGUUGUCGUUGGAAAAAAUUGUUGUCGCUACAUACAACAAGGGGGAUCUUCUCCCUCCAUUCAACAAUGCAGCACAAGUUUGGAACCAUGACUUCUUCUGGGAAUCCAUGAAACCGGGUGGGGGAGGAAAGCCGUCCGGGGAGCUUCUAGAACUAAUUGAGAGAGAUUUUGGUUCUUUCGAUAAAUUCAUUGGAGAGUUCAAGACGGCUGCAGCUACACAGUUUGGUUCUGGUUGGGCUUGGCUUGCAUACAAAGCAAAUAGACUCAACGUUGGAAAUGCAGUAAAUCCUAAUCCAUCAGAGGAAGACAAAAAGCUUGCAGUUGUGAAGAGCCCCAAUGCUGUAAACCCACUUGUUUGGGAUUAUUAUCCCCUCCUUACCAUUGACGUCUGGGAGCAUGCUUACUACCUUGACUUUCAGAACCGGCGACCAGAUUACAUAUCUCUCUUUAUGGAGAAACUCGUGUCAUGGGAUGCAGUCAGCGCUAGGCUUGAAGCUGCAAAGGCUGAAGUUGCUGAAAGAGAGAGGGAAGACGAGAGGAAAAGUGUGGAAGAGGAUAAAACAUCAGAUAGCGAGGAUGAGGGGUACUUGGACAACAAUAGUGACGUAUCUGAAGCUGAAUGAGUUUGAAUUUAUUUUGUAAUGACAGUAAAGUAGGAAAGAAUUUUUGUCUCUCUCUCUCUCUCUCUGUAUACCAGAAAUUUUAUUAUGUAUUCCAAAUGUUUCUCUGCUGAUUAAAGUAAUAAAUCUCUAGUC